AUGUAUGAUGAAGAGUGCUUACUGCUGUGCUGUUGUUCUGCAGGUCAGCAGGCUCUUGUGAGGCCUGUUGGGGGAGUGACCUUCACCCAGGAGGUCAGGUCAGGGCCUGUUACCGUCAUCACCCUCAACACCACCAACAACACCCCACCCGCUGAGCCACCACCUCCCCCUCCUGCUUCCCCCUCUCCCACCCCCGACCCACAUACCACCACCACCACCACCUCCACCUCCCAACCACUAGGAUGGAGGGUAGCAGCUCCCCAGCCUGCUCCUCGCCGCAGCCUGGAGUGGAGCAGAUCCCUCCCUGAGGACUCCACACCCCCCACCACACCACUAGGCCUGAACUGGUCCACUCACCGCAGCCGCCUGGUUCACAACAACACUCGUCCUUCAGGAGGCUCCCUCAGCUCCUCCCCCACCCGUGCCCCAUCCCACCGUCCAACACGCCCCACCAUACAGGACUGUGCUGCUGCCCCACGCUGGUCCAGGGCACUGGGCGGCCCACUACCCUCAUCCUCUGAGACUGGUGACCUGACAUCCUGGUCAUCCUGCACUUCGUCCCUGGCACCAUGUCAUGGGUCUGUUGAGAGCCUGCCAGACCGCUCCUCCUAUGCUGGCACCCCCCAGCCACCUCCACUGCCCAGGGACAGCAUGCUGGAUCGUGUGCUGCGGUGCCUCAGCACGGGCCAGGCAGCACGGGCCGUCACCCAUUCCUCUCACAGGGCAUCAAACAACUUGGCUGGCACUGACAUGUGGCGGGCAGACCUCGUGAAGGAGUUCUCUCUUGAAGAGGACACUUUCCCAGAAGAGAAGGUUGGGGGUGUGUGCUUAGCUUCCGGUCUCCCUCCUGACUCAGCUUCUGUUCAUUCCGUGGCCCAUCCCGCUGCUCCUCCACCUUCAGAGCCUCCCCCUGUCGCACCCACAACCCAUCCUCCUUCUCCACCUCUCAUUCCUCCUUCCAUACCCACCACAGUUCCCCAUUCUUCACAAUCUGAUUUUACCCUAACCCAUACUACUACCUCUCCCCCCAGUUCACCCCCUCCCCCUCCUCCAAGCUCACCCCCUCCCCUACCCCAAGCCCCGCCACCCAUCCUUCUCCCUGAUCUCAACUCCAAGACUGAGGACAGCCAUCAGGUGGAGCAGGACUCACCUGAUGAGGUGGUCAUCACACCACCUGUGGAAUUUAGGGAGGAAGCAAAGUCCCCUGGUGAGCAGAAGCCUCUGGAUCCUCUGGUGCCAGGUGCCUUCCGCCUCAUGACAGAGCAGGAGUACCGGCAGUGCCUGAGAGGCGGUGGGGGAGCAGCACAGGAGUACAAGGGUGGUGGUGCUGAAGUAAGCCCUGAGUGUUCCCUAAGCAACCUGGAACACCCUGCACGUGCUGCCUACCUGCGCAUGCUGCUCUCUCAGCCACCCCCUGAGCCUCCACCACCUGUGCCCAUUGCACCAGGAAGGUCUUCUGUGCUGGGCAGGGAGAGCAAGGCUGCACACAGCUCCUCCAGCAGCAACCUGCAUCAUCUCCCAGCACAGUUUGCACCAAAGCCAAACAGAGUAGUUGUGGCAAGUUCUUGUGGAGACAACGCCAUCUCCUCUUCCACAAGCACCACCACAAUAUCAACCACAACGACUACAAACAUUUCCACCACCACAGAGUCAGUUAGGAGCCCCACCAAGUAUGAGAUGGUCAGCAGUGGUGUGGCCUGGGAGGCAGGCAUAGCUAGUGACCUGCUCUCUCGCCGGCGCCACACAGGGGGAGGGCGACUCAGCCUGCUCCACACUGAGGCACCUCAGGGAGAGGCCAUCAGCGAGGCAGCCAAUGAAGAGACAAGCACCACUAGUGGUAGCUCUCCACCUCCCCCUGUUAACUUCACCACUCACCCACUCACCCCAGACACCACUCACCCACUCACUCCAGACACAGUCUUUUCAGAUCCUUUCACCCCCAAUCCUCUCUCAUCAUAUCCCCUUGCCCCAGAUCCCAUUACUACAGCCACCUUCACCACAGAUUCAUUCCCUACAGACUCACACACCCUAGACUCCAUUCCUAAAGACUCCCACACAGAUACUGGAGACCCUUCUACUCCUAACAAGGCCUCACUAGACCUUGCUCCCUCAGAGGCCCCCAACCCAGAUACCAGCACUGCAGGGCCCCACACUCCAGGCUCUGGGAGCCCCAAGAAGUCCAGCAUUAUGAGCAGUGUCAAGGAGUCAAACACAACAACAGAAAUAGAAAUUAAAGAUCUGGCCAAACCUAAGUUAGAUACCAAGAUCCCGUGGUAUGAUGCACCUCGCAUUCUUUCAAGGCAAAGUAACGGGCGUCCCCCACUGCACAAGAUGUAUCCAGACUCUGAUAGCGAUGACUCCUCCAGCAACAGUGUUACCAGCACACCUAGGGAAGAAAACAAAACUUCUUUGGUUUCAGAGAAAAGUGAAGAGACUCUGGAGCUGUUCAUCAACAAUCCAGAGCCUCUGGUGGUGCAUCGUGUGAACCUGCCUCAGGGGAGUGACAGCCAUAUGAGUCCUGAUGGCGAGAAGGACAGCUUGGUGUCCUGCCAGGCCGAGGAGGGAGAUGGCUGGGGUGUGGGUGCUGGACCAGCCGUGCCCCAGAGCCUGCUUGCUCUUGGUGGUGAGGAAUUUGUACAGCUGUUGGGAAAGUUAGUGUCAGACCAGCCAUCCCCAACCAGCAACUUCCUUCCAUCAUUCCAGCAAGACUCACUCACUGAUGACACAGUUAAGAUUACAGAGAGUGAUUCCUCUGUUGUCAAAACAGCAUCAUUUACCACCUGUGCUGUCCCUGACACCUCUAAGAAGCUCUUAUCCCCAACAAAGAUUCAAAAAGGUGUCAUUAAAAUUGGUCACAGCAUAGUGGACUCACCCAGCACACACUCCACUAGUGAAUUCACCACCAUUAGCUCAACAGUUCCCUCUGGGUUAUCAUCUACCACCACCACACUUCCUACAACCACCUCUACCACCAUUUCCAGAAAGGACUCCAGUAAUAAAAGUACAUUCCCUGCCUUUACAAGGAAUACAUUUGUCAGGACCUUCUCUGGGGAUACCAAGAAUGACCCUGACAUGCCAAAAACUCAGCCCCAUCCAGGCAGCCUCAGUGACACCCCUGUAACAGCAAGCACUGCCAGAAAGGACCAGACCAUUUCUGCCACUGCAUCAAUCUGUCCCUCUGCCAGAAUUGUAUCAAUGAUCAGCAAGUCUUCAUUUGACUCUACCACAGACCCUCCUGUAACCCCAGAAAAGGACCUUGCUUCUCCUAUAUGGAAUCCUGUUUCCCCCAAAAGAAGCCCUUAUUCCCCUGAAAAGACUCCUGCUGUACCCAAAUGGAGUCCUGACUCACCAGCAAAGAGUCCCUCCUCACCAGACAAGUUGUGCAGCAGCCCUAAAUGGGCUCCUGUUUCUCCUAAGAAAGUUCCUACUACUCACAGUUCAGCACCAAUUUCUACAGAAAAGACUUCUGUCACCCCAGACAAAGAAGCAAGUGCCUCCAAAGGGAGUUCUGAUUUUCCUAAUAAAGCUGCAACUGCCACUGUUUCUACUGAAGAGGCCUUUAUAGCACCCAAAUGGACUCCUGUAUCCCCAACAAGAGCUCCUGCCACCCCCAAUCAGGAUCCAUUGUCUCCUGAAAAGAAAUCCUCUGUGGCACCAAAAUGGACUCCCGUUUCUCCCGUAAAAAGCCCUGCCACUCCAAAGUGGUCUGCUGUGUCCCAAGAGAAGAGCUCUGUCUCUCCAAAAUGGUCUCCAGAGAAAGGGCCUGUCCCCCCAAAAUGGUCCCCUGUGUCCCCAGAGAAGAGGUGGUCUCCCAUGUCUCCAGAGAAAAGAUGGUCCCCUGUCUCACCAGAGAAGAGAUUGUCUCCUAUGUCCCCAGAGAAGAGAUGGUCUCCUGUGUACCCAGAGAGAAGACAAUCUCCUGUGUCCCCAGAGAAAAGGUGGUCCCCUCUCUCCCCAAUGAGAAGACUGUCUCCUAUGUCCCCAGAGAAUAGAUGGUCUCCUCUCUCCCCAGAGAGAAGAAUGUCUCCUGUGUCACCAGAGAAAAGAUGGUCCCCUCUCUCCCCAGAGAAGGCCCCUGUCCCUCCAAAUUGGUCUCCUGUGUCCCCAGUAAAAAUCUCUGCUGCUCCCAGGUGUGCCCCAUUGUCCACCAGUCACAGUGACUCCUCCAGCAGGGUUUGCCCUACCUCCAGCAGAGGCUACAGGGAUGUUGCCAUCAGGGAGGCCGCCACCAGCACCAGUAUUCACCCAGACAUUGCCAAGCACGUGCCCAUCAUCACCAGGGUCUUCCCUCUCUCCACCACCACCCAGAGCUCCACCAGUGUCACUACAACCACCACCACCACCACCAAAAUGUCAUCAGCCACCAUUGAGAGUCACAGUGCCUCAGUCACAGCCACAGCCACCUCUGCUGCCCCAAAAUUCUACACUGCCACCACCAAGUACAUCCCAGCAGUAACAAGUGUGCAUGGGGGCUCCACUGAAGAGGAGGACACCAUCACCACUACCACUACUGCCACCACUGACAGCCCAGACGCUGCCACCAAGGACUCUCCAGUCAUCACCAAGAGUGGCUUCACCAUCAUCACCUCUCAAAACAAACUUGACACCACCACCACCUCAAUGGAAGAUGACCUCCCUUCCAUCACAGCAUCAAAGUUCACCACAGAUGUCACAACUAAGACUGUCGAUAUUAACACCACCACUGAACAAGCCAACCCAGUCACCACUGCCUCCACCACCACCACCAAGAGUGUACCUGUCACCAGCACCACUCUCCACUGUGCCACUAAGUACAUCAGUGCCACCAGGAAGAGUGCUGCAGCACCUGUCCCUGCAAGGUACACCACUGCCUCUGCCUCACCUCUCCCCAGGUCGUCCAGCCAGCCUGACCUCACAAUCACAUCAGUGAGGCGGGGCGGGAUGUGCAGCCCCGACGACGCCUCCUGUGCUUCAAUCUCGGCAACUGUCGCACCGCCGUGGCGCGCCGCCGCCCACACCACCAUCAGGGGCACCGCUGUGCUGGACAGAGGCCGCCCCGGGAGGCCAGGGGAGAGUCGUCCUGAGCCUCGCCACCACAGCGUGGACGCCGUCAGUCGUCGGGUCUUCUCAGUCCGUGGAGCCGCCCAUCGUAAGGCACAACCGGACCCCGCGGCCAACGGCAGGCGACACCGGAGUGUUGGUGACGCAGGGCAUGGUGAGGAGGACAACGAUGGCUCUCACAGGCUGUGGUGGACCGCGAGUCGCCCCCAGCCUGAGGGAGGCCUUGGCGGGUGGAAGCCUGUCCGUUGCCGCAGCACAAUCACCCUCAACCUGCAGACAGAGACCUCCUCUGCCGGCAGUGCGGCGCCUCAAGCACCGCUGUCGCCCUCCCGAAGCGUCAAUACAACCCCAAGUUCCGGCGUAGGAGACAAGCCUCAACAGUCUAAGGAGAGGUUACAGCGGUCGUUCUCUGCCGAGAGUCACACCACUGCUCCCCGUGGUGGCGGAGCCUCCCCGCGUCAGCCUUGUUACCGCCCCGCCACCCCCGAAAUUUCCGCCAGCCCCAGGGUGUCUCCUGAGGGAUCCCACCAGGGCACCACUGUGCUCGGGACCUUCAAUUUCCAUGAUCGUUCAAGGACGCCGUCUCUGCUGGCCCGCGGGGAGCCUCCCUCCAGCCUAAACGACUGUUCCCCGGAGGGGGAGGAGGACGGGCCGACUUUGCUGGGCACCUUCAAUUUCCUGGGCAGCCGCCACCCCGCCCCCCCGAUGACCUCACGGCUGCCCCCGCCAGACGGCGUGCCAUCCCUCACAGAUUCUCUUAUCAGCCUCGAGGAUGGCAAGCACCUGCUGGGUGUGUUUGACUUCACCAAACCUGGCAUGCAGCGCCCGCCUCCACCCCUCGCCGUGCGACCUCCUCCAGCACCGGUGCAGCGGCCACAGCCGACCCCUGCCCAGAAAUGCACUGCUGCUGCUGCCCAAAAACCUGCUCCUGUGACUCCCAAGAAGUCUGUUCCCGCCUCCCCCACUAAGUCUGCUGCUACUUCUUCCCAGAAGCCCGCCGCCACCUCUCCCCAGAAGCCCGCCUCUGUGGCUUUCAAAAAGUCUUCUCACUCUUCCCCUACAAAGGACACCCCCGCUUCACCCAGGAAGUCUGCCCCUUCUCCUCCCGCGAAGCCUGCCCCUUCCCCUACAAAGGACACCCCCGCUUCACCCAGGAAGUCUGCCCCUUCUCCUCCCGCGAAGCCUGCCCCGGGAUCUAGGCAGAAGUCUGCCCCUGUUCCUUCACAGCAGUACGCAGCUCUGUCGAAGACAUCGUCUGCCCCAACCAACCUGAAGUGUGACGAGCCAUCACGUCAUUCAUCUCAACAGUUUUCGGCCCUCAUCGUCACUAAACAGUCGGUGCCGGCCCCCACCGUCACUGAACAGUCGACGCCACCUUCCACUGUCGCCAAACAGACAACGCCACCUUCCACCGUCACCAAAAAGUCAGAGACGACUUCUGCUGUCACUAAACAGUCGGCGCCGGCCACCACCGCCACCAAACGGACAGCGCCGCCCUCCACUGUCUUCAGAAAAUCAGAGACGACCACCACCGUCAACAAACAGUCAACACUAGCCUCUGCCGUCACUGAAAAGUCAGAGACGACCACGACCGUCACCAAACAGUCAGCAACAGCCUCUGCCGUCACUAAAAAGUCAGAGACGACCACCACCGUCACCAAACAGUCAGCACCAGCCUCUUCCGUCACUAAAAAGUCGGAGACGACUACCACCGUCACCAAACAAUCAGCACCAGCCUCUGCCGUCACCAAAAAGUUAGAGUCGACCACGACCGUCACCAAACAGUCGUCGACGGCUCCCACUGUCACCAAAAAAUCAGAGACAACUUCCACGAUCAUAAAAAAAUCAGCGCCGGCCUCCACCGACACCGAACAGGUAGCACCGGCCUCUACCGUCAACAGGAAGACUGAGACGACCACCACCGUCACCAAACAGUCAGCGCAGCCCUCCACCGUCACCAGGCAGGCUCUAUAUUCCAUUCCUGACGACGGCGCAUCCCGAUCCUCUGCCGCACGGACGCCUGACGUGGAGGGCAGCGGCAGGACGCCCAACGGCAUCCUGCACCCGAAGACAAACCAGACCACCAGCAGGAUGGAGCAGGUCACGCGGCACCAGUGUAAUGAGCCGAGCCGAGCUGAUGAACACUUCCCCUCUAUCGAACUCCUUUGUCUGGAAGGGAAAGAGAAAGAAACCCAGGAGGAGGAGGAGGAGGAGGAGGAUGACAGUUCGCACGGCCCUCCCGCGCCUCUCUCCAAGCAGUCGUCUCUGGACAGCAUCAGUCAGUUCGUGUCGCGCCAGUUCGCUGAUUGGGACUCCUGCAGCCCCGCCCUCUCCCUCAUCCAGUCCGGGGAGUUCUGGUGCACCGACCGUCCCCUCAGUCCCUCCACUGCGCUGCCCCAUCAAGGUGAGCCUUGUGACCACGCCAGGUAGGUCACAUUGCUGCCUUGCGGGAAUAAAAAGAGAAAAAAAAAGUGUAGUUGGUGUAGACACUCGACUGUAGCUGUGCAUGUAGUGAUAGUAGUGGUGGUAAUAGUAAUGGUAGUGGUAGCAGUAGUAGUAUUUUCUGUAGAGUUGCCAAUGGAUGUAUACUUGUGAUUUCCUUUGGCUUCCUGUGUGUGUAUCUGUUUCCUGUAGUAUAUCUAGUUUUUCCUUGUAUUUAUUACUUGUUUUAUUUGAAGAGUGUUGCUGAAGUGUUUGUUAAAAGGUAUAUUGUUGUAUUUUUAAAGGAUGCUGAAUAGAAUUUGAGGAUUUGACCGAAGUCUUAUCAAAAUGACACGAAAUAUAUUGAAUUGUCGAGAGAGAGAGAGAGAGAGAGAGAGAGAGAGAGAGAGAGAGAGAGAGAGAGAGAGAGAGAGAGAGAGAUGUCCUGCUGUAUUUGUAAAAAGAAAAAUAAGCGCCUGAACUAUUUUUCUUUACGGAAACCUAAAUAGUUGAAGGAUGGCUUAUUAGAAUUACACACCAGAGAAACAUGUAUCGAGUGACUUGUAAAAAUAUACAUAAAAAAAAAAAGAUUCUCUCCUGCGUCUGUGAAAAAAAAAAUCCUUCGCUACUUUUUCGAAACUAAAUAUUGGAAGGAGGAUAUUAGAUAACCCAGCAUUAUGAGAGGCGAGGUGUGGCGUCAGUGUGAAUGUUUUGAGAUGUGACACCACCGCUAAUCUCCUGCGUAAUUAAUUGCUGGCAGAGGUGAGGGCGUGUGGGUUGCUGCCUACACCUACCCCCACCCCCCUGCCCCGCCCCGCCCCGCCCACGUAAACCCAACACUUGACUCACCUGAAUUUGUUUACUAAUUACCGCGCACACCUUCAGGAUCACGCGUACCUGUCUAUCAUAUGUAGUUCCCGUCUCUCUCUCUCUCUCUCUCUCUCUCUCUCUCUCUCUCUCUCUCUCUCUCUCUCUCUCUCUCUCUCUCUCUCUCUCUCUCUCUCUCUCUCUCUGCUAGUGUUUGUUCCUCAUUUGUGUUCCUUUGUGCCUCUCUUCCUUUGCUCAGGUGUGACAUAUCCUCAUUCUUGCAGCCACUUCCUUCCUUCCUCCACCUGGCACUGUAUUACCUCCCACGUGGUGUGUGUGUGUGUGUGUGUGUGUGUGUGUGUGUGUGUGUGUGUGUGUGUGUGUGUGUGUGUGUGUGUGUGUGUGUGUGUCUCUCUCUCUCUCUCUCUCUCUCUCUCUCUCUCUCUCUCUCUCUCUCUCUCUCUCUCUCUCUCUCUCUCUCUCUCUCUCU